CCGGUGCGAAUGAAUCCACGCUCACGCUGGACAUGGAUAAGACGGGAGGCUACGUGAACUGCUCGCGCCCCGUUUCUUUCGAUAAUUUUGUGCAGUGUGACCAGUGCGAUAGCUGGUGGCACAUGCGUUGCGCAGGAGUGACGGGGUCGGUAGCCGAAAGACCAUGGACUUGCCGCAAUUGUCUGCCAACGAGUAUCAACUCGAAGUCCACCAAUAAGUCGGCCCGAAUUGCCCUGAGAUUGCAGAAGCUAGAGGAGGAGCGCGCAAUUCAGCAGCGCGCAAUGGAAGCGGAGAAAAGGGCCAUCGAAAUGGAGAAAAAGCUUAUGCAGGAGAAGUAUACUCUGCUGGAGGAGCAACUGGAGGAAGACAAUGACAAUAUGAGCAACCGCAGCUGGGUGAGUCGACGAGCAAGCUUGCAACGAGUGAUGCAAUGGAAACAACGACAUAUCGGUCGCAGCUUCAAGGGAGUCAGCAGCGGUAUACAGGCGCGAUUCCCAAAACGGUUCCGAAGCGACAGGUCAACGAUCACGUUACACAAACCGUAGGUAACAUUACCCAACCCUCGCCCCCCGUAAUGCCAACAGGUAAGCCACCAAUUAAUCCCACUAUGAAUCCAACAUGUUCCGCUCAACCGAACUACAGUUCUUAUCAAGAUCUGCUAGCAAAAUUGGGGUCAAUUAGUCCGCUACUAAAUUAAACAAGUUCGGCAUGACCUAUUGGGACGGAGCCUAUUCUUCCAGGCCAUCCCACCCCUACGGUUCCUCUCUCCACACCCGAAUCUGGUCCUUCCCCCUCGCAGUUAGCCACCCGACAAGUAAUGGCUCGCGACUUACCCACAUUUUCCGGUAAUCCCGCGGAUUAGCCAAUAUUCAUAAGCAGCUUUAACAAUACUACGCUGGCUUGUGAAUACAACAGUGCUGAGAAUCUCGCUCGUCUCCAGCGCUGUUUGAAAGGCCACGCAUACGAAUCUGUCAAAAGCCGGUUACUGCUUCCCGAAUCUGUUCCACAAGUAAUCGAUACCGUACGUCUGUUGUACGGAAGGCCCGAAUUAUUGAUAAGUGCUUUGCUACAGAAGGUGCGGAGUGUUGCGGCGCCAAAAGCGGAGAAAUUGGAGACCAUCAUCGACUUUGGAAUGGCAGUACGCUGCCUGUGCGACCAUUUGGAAGCGGCCGGACUACUAGAGCACCUUUCUAAUCCAACCUUGCUGAUGGAAUUGGUGGAAAAACUAUCGUCACACACCAAGAUGCAAAGGGCGGAACAUAUGCAGCGGCACCCGGUUAUCAAUCUUAAAAACCUUCGGCGAUUUCAUGCACGGAGUGGUUACAGCGGUUAGCAGAGUAACAAUAUAUGUUGGUGGGAGCAGCAGUGGCCAGCAGAAGCACAAAGUAGCAGUCAACAGUCACCUUAGCGGAGCAGAACCCAUCUGUGAGUCAGCGAGCCAGAAGGAGCGUGUAUGUGUUUGCUGUAAGAAAUUUGGUCAUCGUAUAGCAGAGUGCCCGGUGUUCAAGUCGUAUAACGUGAACGAUCGAUGGAAGCUCGCACAAACAAACGGUCUAUGCUGGAGUUGUCUCAACGCACACGGUAGGAGGAGUUGCAGAAGUGCAACACAAUGCAUGAUCGAAGGAUGUCAAUUCCGGCACCAUCCACUGCUGCAUUCAAACCGUUCGAGCGGUCAGCCUACGCCAAGGCUAUCAACGGUGCAGAAUCACACUCAUCGACAAUAUAAACAAACUCUACUAUUUCGUAUUGAUCCUGUCAUCACCUCAGGACCCCGAGCGUCCAUCGAAACGUUCGCCUUCCUGGACGACGGGUCAGAUCUAUCGCUGAUUGAGAGCAGCCUGGUGGAGCAGCUCGGUAUCGAUGGAUGGACGAAACCGUUGUGCCUCAAGUGGACAGGGAACGUUGCCAGAGUCGAGUUGGAGUCGAAACAUGUUCGAGUUUCGAUUAGAGGGGCGAACAGUCAGAAACAGUUCACCCUCAAUGACAUUCGUACUGUGAAGGAGCUGACUUUGCCGGAUCAGAGCCUUAACUACAAUGAUCUUGCGCAACGUUACCGUUAUCUUCAGGGUAUGCCAAUUGUCAGCUACGAGAAGGCUGUUCCCGCCUGUUAAUUGGCGUAAAUAACGUGAACCUUACGGUACCACUGCAAGUGAAAGAAGGCAAGAAAGGCGAGCCUAUCGUGGUGGCACUCUUUAAAUGAUAAUAAGCAUUUUUUUUUCGCUUCGGUUAACUCGCACGGCUUUCGGAAUUCGCGCGGUUUUCGUAACUUACAUAAUUUAGAUAUUUUGUUCGAAACGGAUUUACUUAUUUAAUCGGUUUACUACGCUGAUGAAUCUACGCGCACACGUCACAGCAUUUUUUCUAUAACUAUCUUGAAACAAUACACACGGAAUCCAGUGUUCAAGUGGCCAACAUAGGCUAGUCCUUCUGCUGUAUUGUCAAAGAUAGAAGCAAAAUUUAUUCAAAUGGGUCAAGUCUUGAAAACUACCCAUUAAAAAAAUCAAAGGUUGCAGAACAUAUAUUUACAAAGGGGCACAAUUUGACAAAGGAUAACAUUAAUAUCCUGCGGAAUGUAUCUUCGCCUUGGAAACUAGAAGUAGCAGAAAGUUUAGAAAUAUUUAAACAUAAUCCAUCAACAUUGCUUAAUAGAGAUCAAGGAAACGGAUACACGAGACUCUUUAGCAUGCUACCUAAAACCACACAUCAUAACAUACAUCUACCUGUUGGAGACUAAAUUUAGGUACAUGUUUAGGUAAAUUGUGACAUGGCAGUGGAUACCUGCUGAUUUUUAGUACCCAUUGAUUAGUAUUUAACUCGUAGAUAAAAGAUGGAUUCUUCAGUGGUGCUGAGUACUUGGCACGGAAUUUAAAGGAAAUAAACCAACAUACUACAAAGCUCUUCAUAAAAGGAUUCCGUUAAGAGGUUUGACAAAUUUUAAAGAGUGUUAAAACAUUUUUACUGUCAGUUGACAACUAAGCCCCGUGCGUGAAAGACGUGUUUCUUUUAUCCGUCUCGUUAUCAGGUUACAAGCUAAUGAGUUUUCUAUCAGAUGGGUGCUAAACGUGAGAACACCUUGGUAGUAGACUUUAGGGUGCUGCCGAAGCGACCAGAUGCAUCUGCCGUACAGAAAUUCAUGUACGGUGAGUUGAAACUGGACAUAGCGGAUGCCUUAAACAUCCAGUUUCACAAUGUUAGAAACUGUGUCUACGUCGAGAUGGUAGAUGCAGCAACAGCCAAGCGCUACUUUGCAUCACAUCAUCUACAACACACUAUGCAGUGCGAGAAAAAAGCUUACAAAAUUCCCGUGUUCGUGGAAGACGAAGCCGUUAACGUGAGAAUCCAUGAUCUCCCUCCGAAAACACCUAACACGGUGAUUAUAGAAAGUAUGCGACCAUACGGUACUAUUCUUUUCAUCAGCAGAGAAAUGUGGAAGAAUUAUUUUCCCGGCAUCUACAAUGGAGUACGUGUAGUACGGAUGAAACUCAAACAACUCAUCCCUUCCUAUCUGACGAUCGAUGGUGAGACAACAUUGAUUACAUAUCGCAAUCAAGCAAACACCUGGAGGUUCUGUGGACAAAAGGCUCAUCCCCGACAAAAGUGUAAAAGCUCUAUAUCACGCAUUACUGUCAAUGACCCUACAGACGCAGGAAAGGUCACAAACGAUGAAAACAGCGAACAAACAUUACUCGAUACCAAUCAAACCCAAUCUACAAUAGGCGAAACCAGCAAAAACACCCAGCACCAACACUCCGAUGGAAACAAUUGCGUACAAGAAUCGACGGAUAGUGAAUCGGAUGAAUUUCUAACCGUCACCAACAAACGAAGGCUGUCAACGAAACAAAAACACAACAAUGCGAAACGAUAUGUUACGAACCAGGGUUGCCGGAAUGAUGAAUCAGCAGGAAAUGAAAAUUCGAUGAAAGAAAAAGAAGACGAAUUGUCAGUUCCGGACUCACCAGUCAAGACGAGGAGCAAAAAUAAGCAGCUAGGAAGAAAGUGAAAAAAAAUGAAUUUGAAUUAACUGUAUUUUCAUAUAUUAUUUUUCAGAGACGAACCAGCCUACGGCUGAAAGUCUCUUUAAUAAAGAAAUCAAAUCAAAUUUUUACUGUGUCAUGGCAAAAAGUUGGAUUAAAAAAACCGGAAAAAUCAACAAUUUUUUCCAAUCUUUACGGGUUCUCACUAUGUGGUCCUUUGAAAAAUCAUGGACAAUAACAUGU